AUGGAGGAUGGAUUAGUAGAAAAAAAUGAAAAAGUUGGUUGUAUGAAAAAGGUGAUUAUAAAAAAGAAGAAAAAUUAUCAUAGUAGCAAAGUUAAGAAGCCAAUUUCAAAUAAAACACUUCAGAAGCUAUUUGUCUCAUGCAUGGAAACGUUCAAAGGACCUGGCACUGUUCCUUCAACAAAACAUGUUCACAAACUAUGCCACAUUCUUGAUAACAUGAAGCCAGAAGAUGUUGGACUAAGUAAAGAUAUACAGUUCUUCAAAGCAGAAAACAAUGUGAAAGAAAAUCCAAGAGUCACAUACACAACCAUAUACAAAUGUGACAAUUUUUCACUAUGUAUAUUUUUCCUACCUACAAAUGGUGUGAUUCCACUUCAUAAUCAUCCAGGAAUGACUGUUUUUAGUAAGCUUCUAUUGGGAAAAAUGCACAUCAAGUCUUAUGAUUGGGUUGAUCCUGAUGUCUCUCACAAUUUGUUGAACCAACCAUCUCAAUUGAGGUUGGCAAAGUUAAAAGCUAAUAAAGUGUUCACAUCACCCUGUGACACUUCGGUGUUGUAUCCAAAAAGUGGAGGAAACAUCCAUGAGUUUACAUCGAUAACUCCAUGUGCUGUUCUUGAUGUCAUUGGACCUCCUUAUUCUAAAGAUGAUGACAGAGAUUGCUCUUACUAUAAAGAUCACCUUUACACUGCUUUUCCAAAUGGAGAGAUUGCUGAGUUGAAAGAAGAAAAUGAUAGCUAUGCAUGGUUAGAAGAAAUUGAGAUGCCUGAAAACUCUCAAAUGGAUGGAAUUGAAUAUUUGGGUCCUCAAAUUAUAGAGACUUAA